UGGUCAAUUCGCUCCAUGUCUUUCCGUCGUGUUGACUUUGAGUAUAUAAAACCCGCGAAACCCAAAAAAGGUUUCGUUGUAAAAUCAGAACAACUACCAGACACGCUUCAAAAUCUUAUUUCUCUCUUCCAACAAAGUAAACUCUCUCUCUCUCACACAGUGUCAUUGAAUUUAUCUGUACCUGCCACUGUUUCACCCUUGAUGGCUCCCUCAGACUCUGAAACUUUGGGGCGCCAUUCUCUGAUUCCGACCUUUCUCUAUUCCUGUCCCUCUCCGCAGCAAAAGAUGGAGGCUUCAAGCUUCGUGGUUCGUUCUCCGAGUGAGAAACGCAGCAUAGAGAUGUUUUCGCCGGCGUUCUACGGUGCUUGCGCCAUCGGAGGAACUCUCAGCUGUGGCGUCACGCACACAGCCGUCACGCCUCUUGACGUUGUCAAAUGCAACAUACAGAUAGACCCAGUCAAGUACAAGAACACGAGCACAGGAUUUGGAGUGAUGUUUAAGGAGCAAGGACUGAGGGGCUUUUACCGCGGAUGGGCACCUACCUUUGUUGGUUACAGCGCACAGGGUGCCUUCAAAUAUGGAUUGUAUGAGUACUUCAAGAAGUACUAUUCUGACAUAGCUGGUCCAGAGUAUGCAACGAAGUACAAGACAUUGAUUUACCUAGCUGGUUCAGCAUCUUCGGAGUUGAUUGCUGAUGUUGCUCUUUGCCCAUUUGAGGCUGUGAAGGUCAGAGUUCAAACUCAGCCUGGCUUUGCUAGAGGCCUAGCUGAUGGACUUCCAAAGUUAGUCAGAACUGAAGGUGUCUCAGGGCUCUACAAGGGAAUUAUGCCUCUGUGGGGAAGACAGGUUCCAUAUACAAUGAUGAAGUUUGCUUCUUUUGAGAACAUAGUUGAGAUGAUCUACAAGCAUGUCAUCUCCAAACCAAAAUAUGAAUGCAGCAAUUCCCAGCAACUAGGUGUGAGCAUUGUCGGUGGAUACAUGGCUGGUAUAUUGUGUGCUGUCGUCUCCCAUCCCGCUGAUAACCUCGUCUCUUUCCUUAACAAUUCCAAAGGGGCAAGUGUUGCUGAUGCUGUAAAGAAGCUUGGAUUAUGGGGUUUGUUUACCCGUGGUCUACCUCUUCGUAUUCUUAUGGUUGGAACUCUCACAGGAGCACAGUGGGGAAUAUAUGAUUCAUUCAAAGUUUUUGUGGGGCUGCCAACCACUGGUGGUGUUGCUCCUGUUCCUCCUUCACCAGAUGCUUAGCUUGCAAGUCAAAUGGAAAACACUUACAUCAUUCUGAAGGUGCUGAAUAUAUAGGGAAUUUUUAUACGAAAUGAAGGAAAAGGCCAGCAAGUGUCUUUAAACUACUGGCCAAGGAAUAAAAAAUAAUAUAUUUUUUUUAAUAGGAAAAUGUUUUAUAGUAAAUCCUAAUUACUGUAUUCACAGCAGUCACUAUAGAAUAGUCCUUCUAGAUAUGGUUUUGUAAGAUUUUUUAUCAGCUGUGUACUGAAAUAAUGCCUCACAGCAGUAAAAAUCAUUAGACCGCUUCUUCCUCACCCAUUUUUUCUUUUUUCACCCCUAUAAAAUUGAAAAUCCACAUUUUACCCUUAUAGUAAGAAAUCCUAAAGUGCAAAAGUUUCACCUACUCACGCCGUUGUACCUCCCUUUCUCGUUCUUUUUUCUCUCUUCAAGCUUCUUCCUCCCCUAGCUAUUUCUCUGCACUAGGCAUGCCUCCACUCCUCUAUGCAGUUCUCCCUUGACUGCUCCCUCUCCUUGAACCGCUCCAUCACAAUUGCACUGUGAACCACCACGUCCACUAGAAGGCUUGGGCACUAGCGUCGUAGUCGAACCAUCACAACAUGCGCAGAGCUCGCAACGAUGGUUUGACCUUUCUUUGUGCCUCCUUCCAUACACAGUUUGAAAACAAUUAAAAAUUUUGUAAUAAUAGAAAUGUGAAAGAGUGGAGGUACAUCAUUCCAGACACUAUUUUGGAAAA